AUGGACGCCGCGCUGGCCUCGUACCACGCGCGUCUCGCGACUUUUGAGGGAGCAGCCACGACUGGCAAGGGCAGACGAACCAGCAGCAGAUCAAAAAAGGCAGGCACAAAGUCAAAAGCUGCUUGGCCAUUACAUGCGCCCUCGGCCCAGGACCUGGCCUACGCCGGGUUUGUGUGGAAGCCAACAAGCGCCAGUCCAGACAAUGUCCAAUGCUUCAGCUGCGAAUGCCAGCUCGAUGGCUGGGAGGAGGAGGACAUACCUGCAUUCGAGCAUCUUACGCAUUCACCAAGCUGUGGCUUUGCUGCUAUCGCUUGCAUUCGUCUGCGCACAGGCGACCCAGGCAGGACGGAAGAUGACCCUACAUCAGACUCAAUGGUGGCUGCGCGCCGGUCAACAUUCGCCGACAUGUGGCCUCUCGACCCUUCUGCCGGCUACCCUACCGUAGACCAGAUGGUGGCUGCGGGAUGGUUUUACGAUCCCUCAACAGACACACCCGACGGGGUGACCUGCCCCUAUUGCGCCUUGGCUCUGGAUGCAUGGGAUAUUGGCGACGACCCUAUGCAAGAGCACCGUCGCCGCUCACCCGAAUGUCUCUUCUUCACCCUAUCUAACAUCUACAACAAGCCAGUGCCAGUACCAAAGAAGGGAAAGCGGGCAUCCACAAAGAAGCGUGCAUCAGCACGUUCUUCAACCGCGUCGACCGCGAGUAGGAAGGGCACCCGUGGCAGAAAACGAACAAGCGAUGCUAUGGAAGAGACUACCAUGGAGUACUCCUCAGUCACUCAAUCUGAGAUGAUGCAGUCUGAGAUUACACAGCCAGAAACCACUCAGCCACCACCCAAACGACUUCGAUCUUCCAGUAUUGAAAGCUUUCCCAGUGACCUUCCCGUCGGGACACCUAAGAAGACGCCGACAGGAUUGCGGGAAACUCGUGCAUCGAGCAUGGACAUGUCAAGUCUACCUGCAGAUCUACCAGUUGGAACACCUAAGAGGACGCCACCUAUGAUGAGCGAAGCAGACGAGCCUCGCGAGACUCUGGCCUGGAAGCCAGCAGACAUUGAUGCCCUCUUCUCUUCUCACGAGGAAACUCAUGGCUUUAUGAACGACAUCCUCAUCGACUCCGGCCUGGACAACAUCGAGGUCGCCGGUCUAACACCUGAACGCCUUUAUGAACUAGUCUCGGCAGGUCUUACGGAUCACGAGAAGGGAAUGACUAUCGAGCAGUGGGUCCUAUAUAACGCAAAGAGGGGCGAAGAGAAGCUCCGGAUGGCCUGUGAACAGCAAAUCCUUGCGUUCGAGGCAGAAGGACGACGAGCCAUGGCCGUCUUGGAAGGGAUCCCCACGCUUUGA